AUGAGCGAAUCUUAUGCUUCUCCGGACUCUUCAACGACUGAUGCCCGGAGUCUUUGUCAACUUAAUGCAGAGCCUCAGUCGGUUAUUGACAUGGAGAAAGCACCCCACGCCCAUUCUGAGGCUAUUCGAAGAGUCUCUGACAUGGAUACCGGAGUCAUCUACAACACUGGAGCCUGUACUGAUCGAUCACGCCAUGGAAAGCAGCAGUCGUUCAAGCAUAUGAGGGGCACCAUAGGCGACAAGCAAAAUGGUAAAAGUGAAAGCAUGGCCACCGAUAUAUCUGUUCAUCUUGAUGAUAAUGCCGACGGCUACUACUGCUGUGGCUGUGGCAUCCGUCGAUCCGACGAGCACCACCGGGUGCGCAAGUUCAAGUCUGGAGAUCCGGCCUGGCGCAACUUUUGUAGGCGAUGCCACGCAAAACACCUCGUCAAUAGCCGUGGCAAGACUAUGAAGACUUACGCCAACUUUUGUUUCGGCUGUGGAUUUGCACGGUCUUCUCAAUUCAACAAGGAGCAUCCCAUCAACCAAGAUCAGAGGCCCGUCAAGAACUUCUGCGCCUAUUGCAUGAAAAAAGUCUCCAGAAAGGCGUUGAUUCCAACAGAGACUCUCCUCGGCAGCUCUUCUGACGAAAGCGAUUCUGAACUUGAUCGACAGCAAAUCAACGAAGAUGGAGAUGACAGGUGGAACAUUGGUCAGGGAACUCACUUUUUAGUCUCACACCAUCGAUCAAUAACAGUGUUGAACAUUGAUGCCGCCAACAACAAUGAACCCCCCGGGGAUACUUCAGCAGAGAAUUCUCCAUCCGAAUCUGUGAUAGAGCGGCUUCGCAAGCGCCGUUCUGGCAGGAUAAGCCAUGCGACUCCCUCAGAAGAAGACCAAUGCGGGACUGAGUGGUCGACAGUCAACAGACAUGAAGACAACGAUGAGGCUUCUCCGGCAACAUGCAUCAAACACGGAACGUCUGCCGUCGACGAUGACCUUAAAAAGUCGUGCAAUCAGAGUGCGAACUGCGACAUGACUUCUGGAACUUACAAGCCGUCUCCAGUCAGCUGUCCGCAUGCCAAGCGGUUUCCCGAUGCACCAUCCACGCCCGAAGCGUCUAUGGCAGGAAGGGACAGUAUUCUCGAAGCCGGCUCGUCCUUGCUAAGUUCGGACUCAAAAUUGCCUUCCAAGAGAGCGACCUUCAACGAGCGUGUUGAGGUCCGCACGUCUCCGACGUACUGGCAAAGAGAACAUUCUGAAGGAGAUGGACCAUAUGCUCAAUUUCGACACGAAAAUUACCACGAAGAACUCCGAGAAGGACAGAAGGCGGUUCCGCUUAAGGACCCCUUAAAAGACCCUGACGGUAACAGUGCUGGACAAUUGCACUUGCCACGCUACAGUGUCGAUGAGGAAAGCUUUAACUCCUGGAGUGCUCCCAGUGCUGGAUGUGAUGCCUUUGCGGCUUCAGGCUGCGGAUACAGCUUCUCCUCAAACAGACCAGGCGACAAUCAGCAGCAUCUAAACACCUUGUGCCCUUCACAGGGAUAUAGUAGGGUGUGCAACUCUGGUCUUGACGUUGGGCCGUCUGACUUCGAUGAGACGCGGCCGAAUCUCAGCAACCGACAAUAUCAGCCAUACAGUGAUAACAAUUUCCCUUGCAAUCAAGGCAAGGAGAACCAGUCCUGUCCCACCAACCCGGUCGCUCCCGAGGGAUCAUAUCCUCCUCUCAGCUCCUUUGGCGAACACUGUUGCUCUGGUACAGACUGUCAGUGUAACUGGUCCUCACGACAUGACGGCCCAUGUGCCAGCCAUGUUGAUCUGCCUUGGUGUCUCGAAGAUCCAUAUUCCAAUCUUGCCUCUAGCCCAACCCGGAAUUGCAAGUACCCUGGUUUCACCAACAGCUUCUCUAGAGACUAUGACAUUGAUCAUGACGGUGGACUCAACGCAUCAUUUCCUUCGAAAGAUCAAGAAGCCAUCCCGGACGAUCGAGGCUUUCAUCAAGGCAGCUCGGAUUCCGACUCUGCCCGUCAGCGUUUCUCUCAGCCCCGCCACUCACAUCCUUCAGACAGACAGUGGACUUGCCACGACACAGAGCCUUUCAGCAUACACAAGGACUUCCUAGAGUCCCGACCUCGCUUCCCUCGCAGAUUCUCUGGUUGUUCGGCCGAUCAAAGACCAGAUAUUGAGCACGACUUUCCCAACGAUAUUCCCUACGACGCUGAUACUAACUUUGAUUUCUCGAGCGCGAGCAAGAGCAUUCUUCACGAACCCAGACUUCCUUCUACUGGAUGUGCCAUGGAGAUUCCGGACGACAUGUCCGACAGCGACGUCCACAACCUGCUCAUCCCAGGCUACGAUAACUACGUCCCUUGGCGCAAGACGGGCUCGACAUGA